AUGUCUUUGCAAUCCGAUUUCCCAUUACCAAUCACCCCGACCGAAGAAGCCUCCCUAUCAGAUGAAGGACCGGAAGGGGAGGCAGACUUUUGGGGAUUCGACGGAGGAAACAGCCUUCUGUCAAUGGCACUAUGGGACUCUUCACGGAUAGCGAAAAUGUCUGAGACUGAGGAGAAAAUCAAUGGCGAUAAAGCGAGCUGUUCGCUACCGGUAUCUGUAACCAAGCCUACCCGAAUUCUAUCAUUGCAGAGGGGGUUGGUCGAUGAUAAGUUCGGCUAUGAAACUGAGAUCUUUGACCGCCGCUGUCGUGAAGCCAAUAUCCACAGGUCGUCGAAUCUGGACUCAAGGCCUGAGAUGAACAAUUGCCCCGGAGGCCCACCUCAGCGUUUCCCCAAAAGCCGGUUUUCGCUUUACCACAAAGCGCAUCAUAAACGAUCGAACUCGACUGCCACGCAGAAAAGAAGCUUCGCAUACGUAAAUAACGCCCGGGUUCAGACUCGUCUAUGUCACGAACUGUGGUUUGUGGGGGAAGACAUGUCAUCAUGUGUAGUUCUGUCUGGUGUCAAAGAAACGCAUGGCUCAUCAUUUGGACACUACGGGGAUAUGACAGCUUGCCACGAUCGGGAGGCUCUAGCUCUCGUGUUCGGUUAA